AUGGACACCACCUGCACCCACUUGCAACAAGGCAUCCUGGGUAACGACAGUCUCAGCCUCCACCUCGACCGGCCGGGGUUCCACUCUGACAUCACCAAGCAUGUAGGAGUCCAGGCUGUUUUGAUCACGGCGUAUAGUCUGAUCAUCUUACUGGGCCUAGUAGGCAACGCCCUAGUCAUCUACAUGAUCAUCUGCUUUCGGAACAUGAGGACAGUCACGAACUUCUUCAUAGCUAACCUGGCCCUGGCCGACCUGUUGGUGGAUACGUUGUGCUUACCGUUCACACUGGUUUAUACCUUGCUCGACGAGUGGCCGUUCGGCGCUGUGCUGUGUCACAUGGUCCCGUUCGCCCAGGCGCUGAGCGUGCACGUAUCGAUCCUGAUGCUGGCCGUCAUCGCUCUGGAGCGCUACAGGUGUAUCGUGUUCCACCUGGGCCAGCGCCUCAGCUGGCGAAGCAGCCUGCUCAUCAUGGCUCUCACCUGGACGUUGUCCGCCGUGCUGGCUGGCCCGCUCGCCAUCUUCAGAGAGUACCGUCAGGAGGAGAUCCCGUCCAUCAACCUGAGGAUCUCAGUCUGCUAUGAGAAGUGGCCUUACGGCAGCAGCAGAGAUGGAGUCAUUUACAGCCUGUCUAUGUUACUGCUGCAGUACGUGCUGCCACUCUCCAUCAUCAGUUACGCCUACAUCUGCAUCUGGGUGAAGCUGAAGAACCACGUGAGUCCAGCGAGCCGCGUCGACGCCGUCCAGCGCAGGAAGAAGACCACCAAGAUGCUGGUUAUGGUGGUUGUAGUCUUCGCCACAUGCUGGCUACCCUUCCACGUGUUUCAACUAGCCAGUGACCUAGACCUGGUGCUCAGCUUAAGACAAUACAAGCUCAUCUAUACUCUCUUCCACAUUGUAGCCAUGUGCUCCACCUUCGCCAACCCGCUCCUGUACGGCUGGAUGAAUAAGAACUACAGGAACGGGUUUCUCAUGGUGUUCAGGUGUGAGGCUAAACCAGACAGUAUUCACCCUGAGGGAUCCUUCAGGACCCGGACACAAAGGAGGAUGUCUCUGAAUGGAGGACACCCUCCUACGGCCGUCUGA